AUGGCGCCGUCUUCGUUGCUGCUCUGCUGGAGCAUCCUCUGCCUCGCCGUGGCCGGCGGCGGCGGCGGCGGCGCUGCCACCUCUGCCGAUUCGCUGCGCUUGCCGCUUCCCGGCCUAUGUCACCGGCGACGUCCACUCCGGCCGGGCCAUCAUCCUGGCCUCCGACAUCUAUGGGACAAUGCUGACAAAGUUGGUGAAGCUGGGUAUUACGUUGUGGUACCUGAUUUCUUCCAUGGACAACCUUACAAUGGAGACCCAAGUAUAAACGUUACAAAAUGGAUCACGCUUCACUCUCCGGUAAAAGCAGCUGAAGAUGCUAAAUCAAUUUUUGCUGCUCUAAAAAGGGAAGGCAAAUCUGUUAUUGGAAUUGGAGGUUAUUGUUGGGGUGCAAAGUUUGCUGUGGAGGUGGCCAAAACCAAUGAAGUUGAAGCGAUUGUCAUCUCUCAUCCUUCAGAGGUGAUUGCUGAUGAUAUGAAAGGUGUCAAAUGCCCCAUUGAAAUCCUUGGAGGUCAGAAUGACCCUAUAACACCACCAAGUUUGGUGGACCAGUUUGUGAAUGUGUUGCGUCAAACAACUGAGGUUGAUUACUUUGCCAGGAUCUUUCCAGGCGUGUCUCAUGGCUUUGCUUGCAGAUAUAACGCCAGCAACCAGUUUGCUGUCAAUACUGCUGAACAGGCUCUUGCCUUAAUGCUUGACUGGUUUGAGAAAUACUUGAAAUGACAAUAUAGAUAUUCUAUUAAAAAAAUGACAAUAUAGAUAGUUAUUUGUGAAAAUGCAGAAAAUCGCACUUAUUCAUUUUCAUCUAAAUAAAUUGCCGGUGUCCAUGUAUAAGUAUAACCAGCCAUGUCAAUGUGAUUAAUUGGCUAUGAUUUUCUCUGAA